GCUGCCGGCAUCGGCGCGACGCGACGAUCUUACGAAUUAAUCUGACUAAACGUAUUGAUAAAAUGAUAAGCGAUAUCGUGAUAACAUUAGUUAAAUUACUGACUUAGUCGUUGUCCAUAGAAAACAAAACUUACGAUUUACGAAUCUAAUAAAUCAAAUCGCCAGUCAUCAAUUCAUCACAUUACUACACAAAGAUGGAUCUUUUGAGCAGACAAGGACUGAGGACGGACGGUAGGAGGCCUGGUGAGUUGCGCAGGAUUCGUUGUAAGAUGGGUGUUUUCAAUCAACCAGAUGGUAGUGCUUAUUUAGAACAGGGCAACACAAAAGUUGUCGCAGCCAUCUACGGACCACACGAAAUUCGAACCAAUAGAUCUAAAGCUCCCAACAAUUGUGCGGUGAUCAACUGUCAAUAUAGUAUGGCCACAUUCAGUAGGAGUGAACGUAAACGGCGACCUAGAGACAACAAAUCUGCUGAGCUCACUUUGCAUCUCAAACAAGCUAUGGCUACAGCAAUCAAAACUGAACUUUAUCCUAAAUCUCAGAUUGAUAUUUUUGUCCAGGUUUUACAAUCAGACGGUGGAAAUUAUAGUGUAUGCGUUAACGCAGCUACAUUAGCCCUGAUAGAUGCUGGAAUUGCUAUGGAAGAAUUUGUAAUUUCUUGUACAUCAAGUUUGGCCAAUGGAGAAACACCAUUGGUGGAUAUUAGUCAUCUAGAAGAGACAAUGGGUGGACCCAGUCUGACUGUUGCAAUAUUGCCAAUAUCUGGAAAGAUUGCUAUGCUAGAAACGUCACAAAGAAUUCACAUCAAUCAUUUAGAACCUGUGCUAUCAGAAGCUAUUCGAGGGUGUCGCUAUAUAUAUGAAAAUUUGAAUAAAAUCAUAAAGAAACAUUAUGAAGAAAUUGGCGGUGCUUCAAAUUGGGGAACUGAGGAAUACAAUAUUUAACUUACAAAUGCUUGACUGACAUAAAAAUUGCAUGUUAAUACUUGAUGUAUUGUUAUAUAUUUUUGUAUUUUUUUUAUUGAAUGUAAAAAUGUGUAUAAUAAAUUGUUUUUUAUGA